AUGUUUACUGUGAAGAGAACGCGAAAAAAGAUCAUCUCAGAUGAAACUGCUGGUUACAACCACGAAGAAGCAUCAAAAAACUUUGAGUGUAAUGUCUUCAAUGUUGCACUCGACAAUCUGACUAGUCAAAUGAGAUCAAGAUUUAAAGUAAUAGAAGAGGAAUGUAGCAAGUUUUCCUUCCUUUGGUCUUUACAGAAAUCUCAAACAGACCAAGAACUAGGUUUAAAAGCUGAGAAUCUGGCUAAACUUUACCCAAAAGACUUAUGUAAAAACAAAUUUUCUGAUGAAGUUCGGCAUUUUUUUUCCGUAAGAAGAAAUAUUCUAGCCAGCGAAAAGCCUGUUGAACUUCUAAAUGAAGUUUAUGCAAAGGGGCUGCAUUCAAUAUUUCCGCAAGUGUGUGUUUCUCUUAGAAUCUUUCUAACAUUGCCCGUUUCAACAUCUGAAGGAGAAAGAUCUUUCAGCAAGUUAGCUAUCAUCAAAGAUUAUCUUCGUUCCACAAUGGGCCAGGAACGAUUGUGCUACUUGAUGAUCCUUUCAAUCGAAUCAGAUUUAGCCAUUAACGUUAAUUAUGAAGGAGUUAUUUCAAAUUUUGCUGCUAAGAAGGCCCGACCUGAAAUAAUAUCUGGCAGAUAUAGUCAAACGAAUGAUCGUGAAAACGACGGGGAAAAUCCUCGAAACAACAAUGGCGUUUCAUCACGUUUCCUUAUUCAAGCAUCCUAA